UAUAUUUUCCAUAUUCUCUAAAGCUACGACGACGUAUAGGAGAAAGUAGCACCUAGAAAAAUAGCCCCCGAUGGCGAAUAAACAACAAACCGCGCAAGCACGCAUCGAAAACAUUAAAACAAACCUUCGAUCCCUCGAGCACACGACGACCAGAACGUUGAACGAAAUAAGAUUGCUAUUAGACUUGGGCUCGGAUGGAAUUAUUGAGAAGGAGAAUACCUCGAACAAGGCUCUGGCUGCCCGCAGUUCAAGACCUACAGCGCGACGGAAGGGCGCAACCACCGGAGCCACGGCUUCUGCACCUGCGACGAAGCAAUCCUCGAACGACUUGACACCGCGAGACAGAUACAUUUUUGCCACAGAAGUUGCGAAUACCACCCUUAAAACUCUUUCUGAUGCUCUGAGGGCUACUCCGACUGCCCAAUCGAUACGAAAAUCACAGAAAUCGAACACCACCACCGAAGACGUUGCGCCCCAAUCCACAAAGUGCGCUCCACAGUCACAGAGACCCCUACAAGAGUUAUCUGCAGACCAAGCGACGAAUGCUCGAAUAAAAUCAAAGCCCUCGCCCGGCCAGGGUGGUGGAUCGGAUGCAGGCCUACCAGCGACCGCCGAAUGCGCGAGGGCAGCCUUUGCCUACUUGCGAACAGCAGAAGCAAUGAAGAUCGCGGGAACGGAUGGAUCACCCUUGCAAUUGGAGAAUGGGAUGUUAGCUCUUGUUGGAAAGCUGGUGACACAUGGCUUGGAUAAUAUCGCGCUCAAGGAGUUAAGGAUACUGAAGAAGCGGUUGGAGAAGGUUUUGGGCGUGGAGGAACAAAAGAUCACCAAGUCACAAUUGAAAGCAAAGGCACCCCAAAGGACAACUACUAACCAGGAUGAGAAGGUUAGCAUAGCAUCACUGCUUGACUUUGGAGAAGUCGAUCGCAAGAGCCCGGCCUUGUCCAUCGUGAUAAGUCAUCAGAUCUACACAUUGCGCAUUAUUGCACGGAUGAGAAGGCCCCAAGUCAUUGAGGAAUCCUGGACUUCGCUCAAACUAUCAAAUCCAGGAUCACCGGCCAAUCUGACAUGGUAUGCUGCUCAAGCUUCCAAAGGAGAUGCUAGAGCUAUCCGACAACUCGAAUCGCUCGCCCAGACGAUAUUGUCGAUGUGUCCCAGUGUUUCCACCUCAGAAGACCUAGCGGCCGAUGACAGCAAUGUAAAUCCCACCCCAGACACAGUACUUUCCCUACAACAUCUGGCCUUCAAAACACGUCAACGGUGGUGGACAUUGGCCGGCCACAAACCAAAUGAUGAAAAGGAGCUACUGGAGCCACUAUCCAAAUGUCUCAAUGCAUUUGCGAGAAGAUCCAGACUGUCCUUCGAGAAGAGAUACAAGAUUGCCAAACUCAUUUAUACCGAUCUCAACGCGUCCGAGGAUCCUGCACCACAAAGCCGAAGCGCGGCGACGCUCUCCGCUUCUCGAAUCCUUGGAGAUCUGGCACAAGCAGCGGGGCAAGCGCAAGAAGCACUCCAGUGGUUAGGAAACACCGAUACAUCCACCACUGAACACUCGGCUGCUAGAGCUGCUGCUCGGCUGGCACGAGCCGCAUCUCUGUCUAUAGAUGCUUCCGUCAAGGGCUCGGUGCUACCUGAAUUAGAAGCCAGCAUUGCAGCAGCACAAGCAGCUCUGGAAAAUUGUGUCGAGGGCUCGGCCACUGCUCUUGAGGCCGUGUUCAUUGAGGCACAGGCUCUGAGGCGAGUAGUCAGCAGAGCUCUGGCAGCAAAACUUCAAAGCGAAAAGACAGAGUCAGGUCUGAAGCUUGCCAAUGAUGUGGUCUUGAACAUUGUGAAGGCCACACUUGCGUUCUCGAUUCGAUUUCUCGCUACACCCAAGCCCGAUAACGUCCCUGCGAGUGAGCAAUGGAAACAGCGCGUAAACAUCGCUAGCAAGCACAUGCGAAGCAUUGUGGAUACUGUCUGUGUGUGCUCAAAAUUGCCAAUUACUACCGACCCAGAUGAACAUUUAACGUCGAUCAAGACCAUUGUCACAGACUGCAGUACACUUUUGGGGCAUUUUGGGGAGGGACCCGAUGAAGCACGACUUACAGACGAUUUACAGUGCCCUUUCGUCAAGCUAUCAAAUGCAUACUGGGCACUGCAUGUGCAAUUGAAAGCUGUUCAUGGGCUUUCGACAGCCACCAUAGCUGCAAUGCAGCUCUCUAUUGGAACGCUUCAGGAGCGAUCACUGGCUGAACGGCGAUCUGGAAUGAUCACCAUGAAGUACGAAAGGCUAGCCGAUGCUUUGGAAGCCAAAGGCGACGAUUCUGAGGCGUCUACGGCACUAUUUCAAUGUAUUCAAGAUCUUAUUGAAGCCGGAAUGUUGCAAGACGCUGCCAGCCUGGCUUCUACACAACCAAUUCGGCAGCCAUUUGAGCUUGACAGCACAACAUCAGUACUUGGAAGGAUUCUCAAAUCUUAUCAUCGCUCUGUCCUCAAACGUGGGCUCAAGAAUGACAACGACCUGGCAUUCUUCGAUCAACAAGAUCUCUCAUCCACCGAUCGAGGUGCGCUUCUGGAAUGGCAACUUGCACUCUACCUGAAGACGCUAUCGAGGCAUCGCACCUGGGACGCUGCAUUCAAUCCUUCAGUUCGAGCUAUCGGUGCCCGGUUGAUGGAUCUAUAUGACCCUAGCAUCUAUCCCAUUCGUCACCGACGAGCGUACGGACUGCUCAUACGUUUGGCCCAAGAGCAUCCUGGUAUUUUGAGUUUAGGUUUAUUACCAGAAGUACCGCCAUUGGAUCCGAAAACGAUGAAAACAGCAACAGAAGACCAUGGCCUGCUCGAGUACGCCGAACAUUUGGAUGCUCUCGUACGACUCAAGUUUUCCAUCAUGAAUGCAGUGCCGCAAAUAGAGGAGCUCCGUCAAUGUCUGAUCAUUUGGCACAACUUCGCAGAUUCCUUAGCUUCCUGGCAAGCCAUUUCAGCCAAAGUCGACGAUACUGAAGAAUGGCUGGAAGCAAUGGAGACGACCGUAAACUAUCUAUUGGCAAAGGGCGAAGAAUACUUCUGUUUAUCUGUGCUGCAAUUAAUCGUCAAGCUACUUGUGCUACAAGGACAAAACGAUCGCACUCGUCUUGUUACUAGUCGUUGCACAUUGGCUAUAUUAUACCUUCGGCUGGGCUAUGCAGGCAAGGCCGGCCAAAUCUUUGCCUUGGCGGAGACCACAGUGAAAACUAGUAUUGUAUCAACUGAAGGAAAACUUACAUGGUACAUCGCCUACGCUGAGUAUUUGCUAAGCAUUGGUAAUUUGUCUGCAUGCGAGCAUACACUGUCAGAUGCCGAAGAGCUCGCGCGGAGUGAUACAGAUUUCAACAAACUGCAAAAAUCUUCUACAAGUCUAUCCGAGAGACUUCGAUCUAACACCAUACUUGCCGAUGCCUGCUAUGUGCAUUCGCUCCAUGCCGCAAAGAAUGGAUAUCUGAAGGAUGCUGGACGAUACGCGAAACAGUGUGUUGCUCUUAAUCGGCGAACAUGGGCUGCUCUGGAAAGCAGAUCUACCAGCGAUAAGAGCAAAUUCGAUCCAACGAGCUCGGUCAGAACAGAAUCGGGGGGUCCAUCUGUCAUGUCAACUACUCACGACUCACUCGAUGGACGAGAUUUGUGGUCUUUAGUGCCUUCUCUAUUUCGCGGUCUAUUGCAGCAGUCCGUAGUUUACGCUCAGCAAGGAUUGCUGCAAGAAGCUGUCUACUUCGCAGAACAGGCCGAGAAGAUCGCGUUGGCGACCAAGUCUCAAUCCUUCCUUGUUGAGGUAUCCAGCCUUCUAGCACAGUACUGGGCCCAGAGUGGAAGAGUCGAUAAGGCGCAGGCUGCACUGAAAGCUCUCGAAAUAUCUGCUUCGUACAAGCAUUCAGCUCUCGCUUGUUAUUACUCCUCCGUUGCGUGGAUUGCUCAGAUUGACAAUGAAACCGACGCCGAGCUUGCGGCCUACGAGCAACUAGACCGUCUGUUAGAAGAUCUUACGGCGCCGGAAUUCCUCCGCAGUAUUGAUGCUUCUCCAGGUGCACGGGUAGAUGAGUUGACGGAUAAACUAUCAACACUGGCGCUCGAGGCAGCCACAGAUGCUAUACCACAGGGACGAAGGCCAACGAGGGGGAGGAAGCCCGCGUCAAAAUCCACCGAGAAGCCGGCUGCCAAACCCAAGGCAAAACCUAUUCCAAGAAGCACAUCUCGAGUGCCGAAAAGGGCCGUGAAAGCUCCUUUGCCUGACCAGGCAAUCGUGACAGAAGAAUUCUCACCCUUGCUAGAACUUCGAGCAGAUGUAGCAAGACGAAAAGCGCUAGCCGAACUAUCACAAAACAAUACCGCCGAGGCAUUGAAGCUCGUUGAGCUUGCGCAAACUUUUGUUCGAGAUGCCGAUAAAAGCGCCCUUCACAUGUGGGUCAACUUCAAAGCACUCAUUUCGCGAGGCAUGGAGGGUCUCAGCCGGGAUGUGACUCUCAAUACACUACCAGAAUCAACCAUCGCCUUCCCUGCCAUCGGAUCUGAGAUGCGCAGAAUGUCAGAAUCUUUGACAACAAGACGAGUAAUCACGACGGCUGCCCCAGCGAAGGGUGUGAAGUCCAAGUCGUCCGUAAAAGAAGGGUUCAUUGCUGUACUCCAAGAAGCCCGGGAACGAUUGUUGGAGUAUCAUGCUUUAUGUACUCAAGCGGGCUCCAGUUUCCAUUUUCAACAGGCAUCUCUCGCUUUAGGACAAGUGACAGUACUUCUAUCUGCAGUUUCGGGUGGCAAUGUUAAUGGCUCAGUUCACCCUGGAUAUGCUGCAUACAUGAGUGAAAUUCCAAAGUGCAACGCCCUUCGUCACAGCCAGCAAACGAUUGAGGUUGAGAAAGAGAGCUUAUCUCGUGACGAAUGCCUCAAGUGGCCAGAUCUCGAGGAUCGCAGAAGGUUCACUCUGGCAUCUCCUGGCGAAUUUCAACGGCAGUACAUCGAUAUCAUACCGGAAUCAUGGGCGGCGAUUGCAUUAGCUCUGAAUGAAACCCACGAUGAACUAUACAUAACGAGAUAUGAAGCAGGGAGGUUGCCUUUCGUCUUGCGCUUGCCUGUGGCACGCCACACGUCACGGGACAUGGAUGAGGAGGAAUUCAGCUUCCAAGAUGGGAAACGUGAACUGGAAGAGAUAAUAGAGCUUAGCGACUUCAGCACCCGGUCCGCGAAAGACAUGACGUCGAAGCAAGCGCGACUUCAAUGGUGGGCAGAGCGCGAGGCUCUCGACAAAAAGCUGGAAGAGUUGCUCAUCAACAUUGAAAACAUAUGGCUUGGUGGAUUCCGAGGAAUAUUCUCGCAAAACUCCCGAAGCCAAAACUCGCUGGCCCGAUUCCGCAAAGCGUUUGACAACAUAUUGAAUCGCCACCUGCCAUCCAGACGUGGGAAAGGACGUCGGCCAGACACUGCCUUGGAUGCAGGAGUGCUUGAACUUUUCAUUGGACUAGGCGAUGCCAACAAUGAGGAAGUUGAUUUAGACGAGCCUCUAACAGAUCUUGUCUACUUUGUCGUGGACAUUCUGCAGUUCAACGGGGAACGGAACGCAUACGACGAAAUCGAUUUCGAUGCAAUUGUCAUAGAGACGCUUGACGCCCUACGCGCAUACCACUCGGAUUGUCAAAAUCUUGCACAAGGCGCAUCAAAAGAAUCAGCACAUACGAUACUCAUUCUGGAUAACAAUCUGCAUACUUUUCCAUGGGAGUCAUUACCAAGUCUACAGUCGCUUUCAAUCUCACGAUUACCGUCACUUGCAGCUCUCCGCGAACGCAUCGUAAGCGCAAAGCAGUCUCGCACAAUCGAGAGCGCACCUGCUGGCCACUACAUUUCGGCAGAAUCAGGAGGGACGAGCAUCUUGAAUCCAUCAGGGGACUUGAGCCAUACGCUGAAAACAUUAAAGCCGCGAUUGGACGACUUACAAGGUCCGUGGGCGCAUAUCAAUAACCGCGGCCCCUCGGAGCAAGAAUUUGAAGCCGCCUUGAAGCAGAAAGAGCUCGUACUAUAUUUUGGUCACGGUAGCGGAGCACAAUAUGUGAGAUCAAAAUCGGUUCGACGACUUUACACGGGCCACGAUGCAGACACGCCAGCUUGCGCUACGACGUUUCUCUUUGGAUGCUCGUCUGUCCAUCUCUCUGAAAAUGGUAUUUAUGAACCUUCCGGCAUGCUAGCAUCGUACCUUACCGCUGGAGCCCCAGCUGUGGUGGGUAUGCUCUGGGAUGUUACGGACAAAGACUGCGAUCGAUUCGCUAUCAAAGCUGGUGAAUGUUGGGGUCUGUGGCAAGAAAAGUCCGAAGCUGAAGAGGCUGCCGAAUCGGGAAAAAAGGGCAAAGGGAAAGGCAAGGUCGCGCAGUUUGUGGCAGAUGUUGAAAGCGCCAGAGCGACGACCACAACCAAGAAGGGGAGAAAAGCGCGUGCUCAAGGCGGCGAGGACGAUGGCCCGUCGGCGCCUGCAAAUGUAGCAAAGGAGCGAGGCGUGGGACUUGAUGAGGCCGUUCGUAUAGGAAGAGAGGCCUGUGUCCUGAGGUACCUCAAUGGUGCAGCAGCCGUCAUGUACGGGAUACCUGUGUACUUAGAAUAG